AUGUCGAAUGCUGAUGAUUUUAAAGGUGCUGGGUACGAACCCAUUUACGAAGGAUUGCACAUGUUGGCGGAGGCAGGUAAGAGAUCGUUGAGAAAAAAGAAAUCGUCCAAGAAAAUCACUUUCAUAGUCCCAGAUGACGCGUUCAAGGGUGAAAGAUUGAUUUCAGAGAAGUUUUUGGGGAAGCCUGUGUCACAUUCUCUUGUUACCAACUUGGCAAAAGGGUUGGUAACAGAAAAGAUGAUCAAGAAACCUGACACAGAAGCCAUAAAGGCUUGCUUGAAACGCCGACGCCAUGAAAGGAAACAUGCAGAUCAAGAAGAGAAUAGGGCAAAGAAAAAGGUCAAGAGAAACAUGACGCAAUACCAGAAAUUCUACCACUACACUUGCCUGUACAGUUCAAAAAUCUGA